AUGAGUGACUUUGGCUCAAGAUCACUUGCUGUUCCAUGCCCCUGCCCCGUUGCGGACUCACUGUUCAAAACCCGCAGAAAAGCCUUUGCGUACCCCCGCGAAGCCGCUGGGUUGUAUAGAUGUACAUUCUCCCAGUGGCUGAAAAGCCUCCCGAGUCAUUUGCACCUGAGUAUCUGCUGGCAUCUUCGCCACUUUCGCGAUGCAGGCCUGUACCUUUGGGAGACUCUUCAGGGGGGGGGGGGUCCCGCCAGUGCCUCCUUCAGUAAACAGAGCAUUCUCUCAAAUGUUUUGUGCGCACUGUUGUUUGUGCGGCUUCUCUGUGGCAUCUCGCCCUCUCGUGCACAACUAUCCCAACCAACCGGUGCCGUCCCGGAGUGCACUUCAGCAGACAAGCUGCUCGCGCUCAGCCUCACCGGGUCGGAAAGCAAACUGCAGUUCCAAUGCGGCCCAAAAGUGACCACGCUCGAACCAGCUAAAGUCGGAAGCAGCUUCACACAAUUUUGUAAGGAUCCAAAAUGUGAAAAAAAAGGCCCCCUUAACGAACUGCACCUGUCAUUGUCGGAUCAGGAUGCCUCGGAGCGCUCCGACAAAAAGGCGACGACGUAUUCACUUUCUGCGACCGAGCUUCCCGACGCGCCCUCGACUAUCUACUUCGUGUGCCCUGGAACACUCGAGAAUCUCGAGAAGAGCAUGCGCUCCGCUGCCAGAGCAGCGCUGCCUGAAGAACAGGACCAGACAUGCGUCGUGCAGAUCUCGGUCUGGGGGAAGAAACCGACGCCGUUAGAACCAUCCAGUGUAUGCAACGGAACACCUAACAAGUCCGUCGCUUUGAAUGUCGACAGUGAUCACACGCCGGUCACAUUCGGGUGCGGCGAUGAGCGAGGAUUGUCUCCUGCUCUUUUGGACUACGUCUUCCAGUUGCCUGCCGGAGAGAAAGGGUUGACGGCAGUCCCUCUGCAGUCUCUGGUCCCAAAGGCUACCUUGAUUGCGAAUGGCUCUGGUGAGCCUUCCAGAAAAACAGCGGCGUACACACUUUCCGUACCGGAGUUGCCAGAGGCAGGACCAGUUCAGCUGGUUUACAAGUGCGCAGCACUUAAAUCGGCACCCGUGCCACACGUAGUGCUGCAGCAGGAAGAAGACCAAGUGCCUAAAGAAGAGUGUCGUGUGGUAAUCGAGGUGGCGAAGCGGCCGACAAGCUCCGGGUCUGACGACGAGACCAGUGGAGAAAGGGCGACAUCCCUGAGCGCCGUGUGGGCAUUGGCCCUUGGUGUGCUCACCCACUUUUUGAAUAGGGUUUGA